AUGAUGCAUACUGGUCUGAAUUUUCUUUCUUCAGAGCUCAAUGAAUGUCAUGGCAAUAACUUUCAACUGGUAAAGCAAGGUAUUUCCACAGGACAGCAAAGGAAAAGAACUUCACCGGUGACUACCAAAGUUGGAGAAAACUCACCUCCUUUUAUCCUUGUCCGUUCCAUUGCUGUAGCAUUGGGGAUCCAUUUUGUUGUAAUGACAGUAAUAUAUGGUGUCAUGGCCAUCAACUUGUUCUUUAACCAAGGAGCUCAAGUUCCUUUGAAAGGCAGUUACUAUGACUCAUGUCCUGUAAACUGGAUACAUUAUAAAAAUAAAUGCUACAAAUUUUUUAAUGAGAACAAAAACUGGCAUGAAAGUCAAGCUUCUUGUAAGACUCAAAAUUCCACCCUCCUGAAAAUAUACAGCCAAGAAGAUCAGGACUUUUUUAAGUUGGUGAAGUCAUAUCAUUGGAUGGGACUAACACAAAUUUUACCAAACAGAUCCUGGCAGUGGGAAGAUGGCUCGAUUCUCUCCCCCAACCAAGUAACCGUGUAUGAAAUGCAGAAUGGAAGCUGUGCAGUUUAUGGCUCAGAUUUUAAAGGUUAUACUGAAAAUUGCUUCACUCCAAAUACCUACAUUUGUAUGCAGAGCAUGGUGUCAAGAGCUUGUGAUUUAUAA